AUGCGGCUUUACAAAGCCAAACGAGAGGGUCUCUCGUUCUGGCCAUUCAGCCGCCAGACCGGGCCAGAACAUGAAAAGCUGGCGGAGGAGUCGGCCGUCGUCGACGAAGUGACAUUAGGUCCAGAUGGUGCUAAAAAGUUUGGCAUCAAGUCGUAUCUCCAUCAUUUUUACCUGUCGCCAACAGCUGAAGACUUGGAAGGAAACGCAUGGUAUGUUGUUGUAGUUUUCAGUAUAAAAACUGAAUUUUGAAUUUAAAAAUCUGGCUUUUUUGUGUAUUUUAUGAAUUUUUAAAACUUUCAAAACACCUCUAAUAGUGCCAUUUAGGUACCUCCUGCCCCCUCCGCCGGUGCAAAGAAUGAGUGUGUAUAUAUGCCGUGUCGUCACCCUGAUCGGUCUUCUACUGCUCUUGGCUGGUGCUGGAAUGAUCGUAGUCGGCUACACGUGGAAGCCACGAACUAGUGUAGAAGAGUCGUUGAUGAAGAUCGCCAUUAGUCAAGACGAGGAUGGCAACUUUUAUAUCCCGCCGGAGAGAUUCAGCGAAGUGCUACGCGACCCGAUGCACGACUGGAAGAUGGCCGGCUUCUGUUUGUUUGCUUCUGGAGCCGCGUUCAUGGCGUUGAGCUUGCUGGUGCCGACUUGUGCUCAUGUGUUCGGUGGAAAGAAGUUGGCAGCGUUUGUGAGUGAGGAUAACACUCCAAAUGAACCACCAGUCAGAAUCUACCCCUCCAUGGGCAACCGGUUCAAGAUCUCUCCCACGAAGCUGGCUGGUACUCACAAGAUAUCUCCAUCAAGGUAGGUUGUAUUAAAGCUUAUUUUUACACUUCUUAUUAACCAUACUAUUAGGUUGUUCAAAUAAUUAUGUGCUCCUAACUGAAAAUUUCUUUGGGAGUGGGCACCGAAUUAUUUUAGCAACUCAAUAUACAGACGACUUUAACCUAAGUUAUUAUGAGUAAUUAAUGGUCAAAGUUUACUAUUACUUAAUCUUAACUAUUUACUUUAGACUUUUGUAUACUUUAAUGUUUUAUAUUGCUUGACUACACUGAUAACAAUAUUAGGAAACCGUUAGACUGAAAUGUGAUAAGAGACAAACUAAACAUGGCUUGUGCUUAGUGAUCGGGAAAAGUCACAAAACAUUAAACUUAGGCUUAUUUUUAAAAUUCGCAGGUUAAAAAUUAGCAUGAACAAUUAAUUAGGUUGUUCAAAUAAUUCUAUGCUCCUAACCUUAUUUUAAAAUAAUUUUUAAAAUUUUAGCGGCCCAGUCCCAGUGAUGGAAGAGAUCUCGAAAGUGCAGCCGGGCAAAGCUUCUAGCCACACCUCACCAAUCCAGCCGGCAAACGACUUCUUGACCGGCACUCCUCAAGAACCUCUUCUCAAGUGA